CAGAGCUGACAGAGCAAGGCGACUUCCUGGCGAUGGAUCUCGGUGGAACAAACUUGCGAAUCCUUCGCGUCCGUGUGGUGGACGGGAAUCUGGAAGUGCUGAACGCUGAGAGCACUCCCAUCACGACGGAAAUUAAGCAAGGAACUGGAGAACGGUUGUUCGACCACAUCGCCGCCCGUCUCGGUGAUUUCCCCGUCCCUCAGGAUCUGCAGGGAGAAACUCUUCCUCUGGGCUUCGCCUUCUCCUUCCCCUGCGAACAAAACCAAAUAGACCAGAGCAUCCUGAUCCGCUGGACCAAAGGCUUCAACUGCUCCAGAGUGGAGGGCAAAGAUGUGGUGACGUUACUGAGAGAGGCCAUUCAAAGGACAAGAAAUAUGAACUAUAAUAUAGGCCCAGUUGUCAUAGUGAACGACACAGUGGGCGCGAUGAUGAGCUGCGGCUACAACAACCCGAGCUGCGAGAUCGGCAUGAUCAUAGGGACGGGAACCAACGCCUGCUACAUGGAGGAGAUGAGGAACGUGAGGCGUGUGGAGGGUGAGGAAGGGCGGAUGUGCAUCAACACGGAGUGGGGGGGCUUCGGAGACGACGGCUCCCUGAAAGACAUCCAGACGGAGUUUGACGUGAAGGUGGACGAGACGUCUAUCAACCCCAGCGUCCAUAUCUUUGAGAAGAUGAUCAGCGGCAUGUAUUUGGGAGAAAUCGUUCGGCUGCUGCUGGUGAGGCUGGCGGAGGACAACCUGCUGUUUAGGGGACGGACAUGGCAGGCGCUGCGGACCCCGUUUACAUUUGAGACCAAGUUCAUCUCUGAGAUUGAGGAGCAGGACGACGGUCUGGUAAACACCCGGAGGAUUCUGACCGAGUUGGGAUUGGAAAGGGAACUGGUCGACUGCGCCGUCGUACGUCUGGUCUGCGAAACCAUCUCCUCUCGCGCCGCCGAUCUCUGUGCCGCUGCCCUGGCAACCAUCGUUAACCGUAUCCGUACCAACCGCGGGCUGAGCCAUCUGAACACCACCGUGGGGGUGGACGGGACAGUCUACAGAAGACACCCCAAGCUCAGCAGUAGGCUCCAGGAGAAGGUGGUCGAGCUCGCCCCGAUGUGUGACAUCACCUUCUUCGACACGGACGACGCCAGCGGGAAGGGCGCUGCCAUGGCGGCGGCCGUGGUUCAGCGGCUGGCUCGCCAGUGAAUUCCUGACUCCACUCCAACAUAACUAAUAGCAUAAUAAGUUAAGUCAUAGAAUAAAAGUUACGUUUAAAACAUGAAUAAAUAAUAAGCUAGAGCUAAAAGAUAUACCACCAAGACUACCUCCUACUCAUAAAUAAAAUAAAAAAAAUGUACUGUUACAAACUCAACUUGAUUGGCAUUUAAACAUUAAAGGUUCCCUGUGGAGUUUUAGACCUCUACGGUGCGGUUUUUCAAAAAGUCAACAUUUGGGCAACGCUCAUUGGUUGAAAGUGUCAUUGGUCAUUUUCACAUAGCCUUCAUACCUAAACUAUACUGAACAAAUCUAAACUAUACUUGGAUUUUUACAUUUACAAUUAUUUUUGCAUAAAUGUAAUGAAGUACUUUGAUUUCUUAGCCUUCACGCUUCAAAAAGUCGGUCUCUUGCUCUUUUUCAAUCUCCUUUUUCUUUUUCUGGGCGAAGAAGAAG